AUGUCUGUCACUCACGCUACCGGAUAUGCCGUCUUUGACCCGAAGGACUACCUUAACUUCAAGCUGCAAAAGUACGAGCUCGAGCCAUCUGCGGACGACCGGGUGACUGUCGCUGUCGAGUGCUGCGGUGUCUGCGGAUCGGACCACCACACCAUCUCUGGUGGCUGGGGCCCAUGGGAGACCAAAUUCGUCGUGACAGGCCACGAAGUCAUCGGCAAGGUCGUCGAGGUCGGCAAGGCCGUCAAGGAGUUCAAGGUCGGCCAGCGAGUCGGUGUCGGCGCACAAGUCGGGUCGUGUGGCAAGUGCAAGGCGUGCAAGACUGGUCUUGAAAACUACUGUGUCCAGCCGGUCCACGGUUACAACACCAAGUGGUACGAUAACAAGGAGCACCAAGGGGGUUACUCUACGCACGUCCGUGCUCAGGAACUCUUUGUCUUCCCUAUCCCCGAGGGACUCAAGUCUACCGAUGCUGCCUCCAUGAUGUGCGCGGGCAUUACCACGUUCUCGCCUUUGGUACGGAACGGAGCCGGGCCUGGCAAGAAGGUCGGUGUGGUCGGUCUUGGCGGAUUGGGCCACUAUGCCGUCCUCUUCGGUAAAGCCCUCGGCGCAGAAGUGACCGUCUUCUCCCGGUCCGACGCCAAGAAGGCCGACGCCCUCAAGAUGGGCGCCGACCGGUUCAUCGCCACCGAGAACAAGGGGUUCGAGAAGGACCUCAAGCGCGACUUGGACCUCAUCAUCAUCACCGCCUCUUCCUCGUCUCUCCCCCUGGACGAGCUCCUCUCAUGUCUCGACAUUGAGAAGAAGUGCGUCUUUGUCGGUAUGCCCGAGGAAGGAUUGUCAAACGUCCGGUCCCAGACCCUCAGCGACAAUGCUGUGAGCUUGUCGAGCUCGCACCUCGGUAACAAUGCAGAAUUGAGGCAGAUGCUCCAGCUGGCGGCGGACAAGGGGAUCAAGCCGUGGGUCACCGUCAUGCCCAUGAAGGAUGCGGCCAAGGCGAUCAAGGCGGUCGAGGAUAAUUCGGUUCGGUACCGUUCGGUCCUGACCCAGGAUAUCGAGGCCUAG